CCUAUUAAUAAAGGCUGAUGCCCCAAUAAAGGUGGAGACUUUUCCAUCGUUUUCUUCCUGGGUGGGGUGAAUUUUGGGUGAUUUUCUCUUGUCUUUCUCUCCAAGUUUUCUUGCUUGGAGAUUAAGGAAAAGGGUCUGCUUCGCCCCUCUCUCUCUCUCUCUCUCUCUCUCUCUCCAGCUAUCUCUGUCCCUUUGACAAUGGCUUCUUCAACCGCUAGCAGAUGGAUCAGGCCCGAGGUUUACCCUCUUUUUGCGGCUGUCGGCGUAGCGGUCGGCAUCUGCGGGAUGCAACUCGUAAGAAACAUCUGCACCAACCCUGAAGUCAGAGUUACCAAAGAGAACAGAGCCGCCGGGGUGCUCGAUAACUUUGCAGAGGGCGAGAAGUACUCGCAGCAUGCUGUCAGGAAGUUCGUCCGCAACAGAUCCUCGCAGAUCAUGCCAUCCAUCAACAAGUUCUUCUCCGAUCCCAACUAAAAGACGUUGGCGAUUGAUUCGUUCUCAACAAUAGAAAGUCAAUACUUUUGCCAACAUUGCUAAAAAAUCUAGGAUUGUCUCUGAUUUGAUCAGAGGGGUGGGGAUGAUUUGUUCAUGAAAUCCUGAUGUUUGUUGGGUCUGAACCUGACGGAUAAAUGAAAUCUUUGAACUUUGCAAA